GAGGGAGAGAGUGAGGGAAAGGGCAGAGUGAGAGGGUGAGAUAAGCAGAGAGAGCAGCAUCUCUGAGCACAUUCAGCUCGCAGCAGCUCAGGAGGCAGGACGGCAGAGCAGAGGGGGGAGAACACCUGCCUAACCAAAGGGGGCGACAACACACCUCUCUCUCUCUCUUGGACACACCGCUCGAACGUCACAGACACGCAUUUGUGAGGAGGCGUGAGGCUCAGAAGGAAGAACACUACACACACGCACGCUGUUUGCUGGCUUAGCUGUGCUGGGGAGAGCUGUCUCUUGAAGACUGGACCAGAGCUUUAUCCAUCGCUUCAUCCAUCUUCCUCUUCCUGCUUCCCAUUCCUCCAACUCAGAAGCAGCUCUCCGUUACACACACCUCAAUCAUUUGGACUGAUUUGCUCGCUGUCAUUCAUCCAACCUCUGGUCAGGGUCUCUCUCUGUAACCAUCUCCGCCCCGUUUCACUCCAAUCAGCCAAGAAAUCAAGACACAGUGAGAAGCCGACCCUUCAACCGCAAUCAUGAACUUCCUCCGACGCCGUCUCUCUGACAGCAGCUUCAUGUCCAACCUGCCCAAUGGCUACAUGUCAGACCUGCAGAGGGCAGACCCACCUGCCACCCCUCCGCCCACCGCCACCUCCCCUUCCCAGCCAGGUGGACCAGCAGCAGCGGUGCCAGCCCUGUCUCCUACCAAAUCUCCAUCCCCAUCCCAGGCUCCAGCCAGCCCUGCUGUCCAGGAGCGCCGUAUGAGCCAGGCGGCUCCGCAGCCCCAACAGGCCCCGUCUUCCUCCUCUUCCUCUGGCUUCUUCAGCUCCUUCAGCUCCAUCAGCUCCAUCACCAACGUGGUCAAACAGACGGCUGCGUCCGCCGCCGGGUUUGUGGAGCAGUCUGCUCCUUCUCCCUCACUCUCCAAGAAGUUCAAGAUCCUGUUGGUCAUCGAUGAGCCGCAGCAUGAGUGGGCCAAAGUGUUUCGGGGAAAGAAGAUCCUUGGUGACUACGACAUCAAAGUGGAGCAGGCCGAGUUUUCAGAGGUUAACCUCGUCUCUUAUUCAAAUGGAAACUGUAGCGUGGACAUGCAAGUCAUCAGGGGCGGGACCAAAGUGGUCAGGACUUUCAGGCCUGACUUCGUCUUGGUGCGCCAGCACGCCUUCAGCAUGGCCCAGAACGAGGAUUUUAGAAACCUGAUCAUUGGUCUGCAGUAUGCGGGCAUCCCCUCGGUCAACUCUCUGGAUUCCAUCUACAACCUCUGUGACAAACCUUGGGCUUUCUCCCAGCUGACCAAUAACCAGAAGAGGCUGGGUUCAGAUAAGAUCCCUCUCAUUGAUCAGACUUUCUACCCCAACUACAAAGACAUGAUUACAUCUCCAAGUUUCCCAGUGGUGGUGAAGAUAGGACACGCCCACUCUGGAAUGGGAAAGGUCAAAGUGGACAAUAUGAGUGAUUUCCAGGACAUUGCCAGCGUGGUGGCCAUCACUCAGACCUACUGCACCACGGAGCCAUUUAUAGAUGCCAAAUACGACAUCAGGGUCCAGAAAAUCGGCGCUGACUACAAAGCAUACAUGCGAACAUCCAUCUCUGGUAAUUGGAAGAGUAACACCGGAUCUGCCAUGUUGGAACAAGUAGCCAUGACUGACAAGUAUAAACUGUGGGUUGAUGCCUGCUCAGAGAUCUUCGGAGGGCUGGAUAUUUGUGCCGUCAAAGCCAUCUGUGGCAAGGAUGGUAAUGACUACAUUACUGAGGUUGUGGGUUCUUCUAUGCAGCUAAUCGGUGACCACCAGGCAGAGGACCGUCAGCUCAUCUCAGACGUGGUGCUGGCUAAGAUGAACCAAGCCCUGGUCACAAGGUCAUCUAGUGCUUCCCGCUCUCCGGCUCGCUCCCCUCAGGGCCAGAAGCCGACUACUGUGCAGCCCCAACAGAGCGCUGUCCCUAAGGAGGGACUGCCAGAUCCAAACAGGACCUCGGGCCAGCGCCCUCAACCUCAAGGUGCACCAGUGAAAGCACAGAGUGUGGAUACACCAUCAGAGUCGGCAAAGAGAGCGUCUGAACCGGUACCAAAGCCCAGCCAGGCCCAGAAACCUAGCCCAGGGCCAGUUCAGAAAGCAGCUCAGGCUCAGAAGGCCCCGGUCCAGAGGGCCGCCUCGGUCACAAGGCCUCCAGUGCCGAGGCCUCCUCCCCCAAUGCUGAGAGCCACUUCUGUCGCAAAGUCAGCCCCAGAUUCUUCCUCUACCCCAGCCAAAGCUUCACCACCAUCCCCAGCUAGAGCAGCCGCUCCACGCUCUCCUCCAACCAAAGUAGCAGCCCCAGUCCCAGCACCAGCUCCAGCACCUGCCACUGCCACUGCCCCAGCCCCUGCCCCAGCCUCCCCCUCAGCCUCAGCUCCUACCACAGAGCAGCCCAAGCCCCAGCCUCAGGGCUCCCCAUCCCCAGCUCCUGGCAAACCAAAAGAGCUGCCACCCAAACCCACACCACCUGCAAAGCCAAUCCCUCCAAUUCGCAGGAAUUCAAAGCCGCAUAUCCAGCCAAAGCCACAAACCCCGCCCCCUGUCAAAGCUUUACCUAAACCCCAGCCCACUGCCCCAGCAGAUGCCUCCGCAGCCCCUGCCCCAGCACAGGUUCAGUCCCCUCCUCAGGCAGAGUCUACGGCUAAGGCUCAGCCACAGGCCAUGCCGGCCUCUCCUUCCCAAAACCCAGAGCCUGUCCCAGCUGAAGAUGCAGAGGCCCCUGCUGAGGGCGAGGCCGCUGUGGACGAACAACCAGGAUCCCAGCCAAAAACCCACCCUCUUCUGAAUAAGUCCCAGUCCCUGACCAAUGCCUUCAACGCCUUCAGCGACUCCUCUUUCUUCCGCGGGGCCCCGAGCACCGGAGGUGACGGCCAAGACGAGGAAAAGGCUGAGACCAUUCGCAAUCUCCGAAAGUCCUUCGCCAGCCUUUUCUCUGACUAGACACAGCCAAACUGUAGUCAGUCCCUUUUGGAUCCUGGCCCCCCCUUUUACUGUUGGCCAGUGAUGACUUGAUUGAUAUUAAAUGUGAACAAGUCUGAGAUUAAACUUUGUGUGUUAACUGUACUGUAUCCCCUCUGUCCUGGUACCCUCUUCCUCCCCACUUUCAAAUACUCUGUGUGAGUGACAGUGAGGCCUGCUGGGUAGGAUAUUCAGAGAAUGAUGCUUUGCCAGAAUUAUUGGACUGAAGGAGUUACGUCAUUGAUAUAGACAAGUAUAGCAUAACAACAUAUUUAUUUUUCCCAGAGCAAACUUUAAGGAACUGUUUCUGAAGUAAAUAAAAAGAUAAUUAGAGACUACAGAUGAAAUGUACAUACAGUAUAUAUAUAUAAAUAUAAAGUAAAUGAAUACAAAUAUAUAUCACUUUAAAAGGGAGAUAAGCCACUUAUAGGAAAUAAAUAGUGAAAUAUUUUCACUUAGCUUUUGUCAAUGACAUAACUCUUUCAUUAAGUGGCUGGGUUCUUACACAUUGUGAAAAAUGUGAUGAAAAAUCAGAUUUUUGACGUUUUAUGGUUUCCCCCGCAGUGAAUACGUUUUGGUCAGUGAGUAAAAAAGAAAAAAAACGACUGGGGAUUUUUUUGAUGGGUAAAUCAAGCUGUUGUGUCUCUUGGCAAAAUGACUAAUGGGCUCGUCAUUGCUGCCCCCUUUUUGUCUAAAUGCCUUGAAGUUCAAUGUCAUGUUAGGGAGUCCGAAAUAUGUGUAUGUUCAUCCGUGUUCAAUUGUUAUGCAUGGCUCCUCCAAUUGCUCAGUGUGACUUUUGGAGAAGAAGGUGAACUCUAUCAUUGUUGAGCCCUACGUUGCCUCUCUCUCUCGCUCUCUCUCUCUCUCUAGAUGUUGUAGCUUUAUUGUGAACAUGUUUUCAAUUCAGCUACGUUUGUUAGCUGUGCAGACCUGGGUCGAUUACAAAUUGAGAUUCAUUCCUUCACUUCAAGUGUUUGAUUAAGUAUUGCAGGCAGGAUUUAAUGCCAAUGGUUUGAGAAUAUUGGUGACUGAACAAUCAAUCCUGAUAAGUAACUGAAUGCAUUUCAAAGAGUAAAAAGACACAUCUGUAGCUGUGACUGGUGAUUUCUUGUUUCACCUCUGUGUAGAUCUAUCAACAGUAUUGUAAUGUAAUGAUUAUUCUCAUGAAGACAUUGAGACAGUAGUGCAAUAACACCUCAACUUAACUGUUGAGUACUGUCACCCUAUUAUAAAUAUAAAUACAUACAGGAUAUGUAUCUGUUACCUUACUCUUACAUUCCCUUUAAGAUUCCUUUCAAUCACAACUUUCCAGGUUGCUUUUUACCGCAGAUAUUACACUGGUUUUCAGAUGAAUAUGCCAUGUUUAACUGUUGGUUUCUGUGAUUAAUCCUUUUUGUGUUGUGGGACUGAAUUUAAGGCAACCUGGAAUGAAUCCAGUGCGAUGACUGGUCAUUUUCAGCUCAGUUGCUGCAUUUCAAGAUCAUAUGUGUACAAAAAAAGAAAAAAUAUCUCAAAAUGUAAGAACCGCUAAUCAACCUGUCUGAUGAUCCAUUUCCAGUACUACGUUGCAAGUGAUUUAAAACAUAUUGUAUUUGUAUGUGAGUGUCAUCUCAGGAGUUUAUUUUUUGUAAUAUAUUGAUUGAUUUAUAUUUUUGAGGCUCCAUAUUUAUGGUAAAGUAUAUAUUGUUUGUUUUGUAUUGUGUUUUUAUUCGUAACACAAUACUGCUUUGCAUGAUCUGGUGACUGAUGUUUUUUUCUGUACAGAUAAAAGUUAAUAAAGAUGUGGUUCCAUCAUUCCACUCAUUCAUUAAAUACAA